AUGGCAGCACAGGAGGACCUCUGGGAGCACAUGCUAUGUGCGAGUGUGUACGAGGGCAAAUGGAUACCGCGGGACUUCCCUCAGGAGAAUCAUGUUACUGUCAUGGCUAUAGAGGACUUUUACCACCGCUCGUCCAACUGUGCGCGUACCGUGCGCCCCAAGGAGUUCACCAUCAUCUCAGCCGCCUUCUCCCGCGCUGCCCAGGCUGUCAUGGACGUCCCGUGCCCGCCCCCCUCCCUCUCCUCCGCCUCCUCUCUCGUCGACCUCCUCUUCGGAUUCUCCCCGGUUGUUUUGGAGGAUUCGGAUUUCCAUCGCUCGGCCAACAUGCACCGGAGCGACAACCACCAUGUGCCUGCUGCUGCCUCUGCUGCACCCCUACAAGGCGCAUGGGCAAUGCGACAAGCACCUUCUCACGACCAUUUCCGUCCUUUAGUAACAGCACCUCACGCUCCUCACGAGCCUGUUGGUCACAUAGCUGCAAGAUCCUAUGCGAUCCCUCACAACCUGCCAGCAGGUGCGGUGCUGCUGCAGCAACAUGUCGUUGCGGCACGGCCAGAAGGCGGAUAUCUCACUCCGCAACAAGCACUCCAGCAGGGGCAGCAGCAGCAGAUAGCACGGUACGGGCAGCAGUUGCCGUUUUCCAUGCAUCUGCAGCAGUCAGUUCCAGUGCAGCAGUCGAUUCAGUUUCGGCAGCAGCUCGGCGCGCUGCCCAUGCAGGUCCUGGCAGCACAGGGGGUUUUGGCUCCACCUUUAGAUCACCGCAGCCGAUACACUCGACAGUAG